CUCAUGAAAAGGAGGCUGAGCCAGCAAAUCCCGCACCUUCUGAGAAGCCGGAACUUGCCGCGGAAGCUCCCAUCCUGCCACCUCCUGCAAAGGCUGCCAAGCUGAGUGCCACUGGUGGUGAAUCGUCAAAGCCGGAUGAACCCAAGGAACCGGAUUUGUUGCACAUGAAGGCUCCGCUGGUGAGGCGCUCUGACCAACUCGGGAAGGUGGUGGACGUGACCGGCAAUGAUGGCCAUUCUCGUGAAGACCAGACAAAAGUUGAAGAUGAGGAAGCAAAAGGUGAAGCUGAGGAACCAACUCCUGGCCAAUCUUCUGCUAGUUCUGGGCGGGGUCGAGGUGGCAAAGGAAGGGGGAGAGGCAAAGGGAAGAGCAAGACGCAAACCGCAAAUGCACCAGAAGUUGUUGAUGUAGACGACAAAGCUGACGAAUCAGCAAAGGCUACAAGGAAGCGUGGAAAGGGCAAAGCUGAGAAAGAGAAUGCAAGCAAAGUGCAGAAGACUGAGAAAGGCAAGAGCAGUGAUGCUGCGCAAGGUGGUGAGGCUGUAGACGGGCAGGGCAAGGGAGAAGGGGAGAAAGCUCCCAAGACAACGCGCGGCAGAGCCAAACAAGCAGAGAAGAAGGAUUCACCAGACCAGAAGGAUUCAGCCACUGGUGGAAGUGACCAGCCCAAAGAGGUCACAACUUUUGCAGGCCGCUACUGCCCGCAAUCAGAGCUUGGUGCUGCGAAGUGGCAAGCCAUCCGAGAAGUCUUCAACACCAAGAUCAAGCCGCGCAUCAAGUCUCAUUCGAAGCUUCAGGUUAAGUUCUGGAACCAUUGCAUGGCGGAUGAGGGCAUCAAAGCUGCCAACACCUAUGAUGGUUGGUUUUCAGCUGCUUCAGCAUUGGAACCUACUUUUGAUGGAACAGUGCCUGACGUGAAGGUCGCAAAGCCUGCAAAGGGAGCCGAAGCUUCUUCCCAUAAGUCCGAGUGAAAAGCUUUGGGGCUUUGAGCUAUGGGUAUGACAGUUUGAAUCCAAGCUGUCCGAUUUCAUUCACCAGAGGGGAUGUCAUGGUAGGUUGACAAAUAAUUUUGGACCCAGGUCCCAAUCAAAACACGCGCCAGCCGGUCCUUGUGAGGGAAGCCCACAGGUGGCUAACUCAUGAACCUUCGCAGCAUGCCGGUAGGCUGUGUUCACUUGGUCAUGCGAUAUAUGG